AUGGUCUACUCUACUGAGGGUUUCACCUGGACUCCUUCCGGGGGUCGCCGUGAUGGCCUCCAAACGAUCGGUGCCAUUGUCCCUCCGACACAUACUGCCGAGUCUCAACCCGAGGACGGUGUGUACGAUGUCAUCGUAAUUGGUGCUGGAUAUGCGGGCCUGGUUGCUGCUCGCGACCUAGCUACCCAGGGCAAGAAGACAUUGCUUCUCGAAGCUCGCGACCGAAUCGGCGGGCGCACGUGGCACGCUACCAUUAACGGAUUUAACUAUGAGAUGGGGGGAACAUGGAUCCAUUGGCACAUGCCUCACAUCUACCGUGAGGUAUCCUACUACGGGCUUCACAAUGACUGGAUCGUCACCCAGAAUCCCCGUGGUAAAGAAGAUUACUUCACGGCCACGACUGGCUCCGAUCAACGGACCCUGACCCACGAGGAAGAGGCUGAGGAGACCGGCCGAGUGUUCCGCGAUUUCUGCAACGUCGACGGGGACGAUCUGAAACAUGCUUGGAAAUACGCCUUCGGUACGGGUCAGUCUCCCGAGAAAAUGGCUGAGUGGGACAAGCUCUCUUGCCAGGACAGGCUGGAUCAGAUUCGGGACAAAUUCACACCAGAGGAGCUUACGAUGCUGGAAGGCCAGCUGCUCCAGAUGGGCGGUAAUACCCUUGAUAAGCUCGGCCUUCUCGGUACUCUGCGCUGGUGGUCGUUGGGUUCGCAUACUCCCACUGGGCUCAAUGACAUUGCUCUUCACACUCGGCUUCGCAGCGGCCAGAGUGAGCUGCACAGGCGUAUCUUUGACCACACCCUGUCGACGGGCAACUUGUCCUACAGCUUCCGCACCCCAAUAGAGCGGGUUGAGGAUGCGGCUGGCGUCGUCACCGUGACUGCCAGAGACGGCAAAAUAUACAAGGCCAAGUCUGUUAUCUGCACUAUCCCUCUCAACGUCCUCUCGUCCGUUGAGUUCCUCCCACCGCUUCCCGCAGACAAGCAAGAGGCUUUGCAAUAUAAGUCCGUCAACAGGUGCAACAAGAUCCAUGUCGACCUUCUCGGGCCCGACUAUCUCUCCUGGGCCUCUAUCGGCACCCCAGGAAAGGGUUUGAUAUCGGCGUUUGGAGAUCACCUUACCAACGCGGAUAACUCCCAUCUCGUCUGCUUUGGCCCUGACCCAGAGAGCCCUCUCGGUCUUUCCCUCGACGAUAUCGACGCAGUCAAGGCUGCCGUGGUCCAGCUUCUGCCCAAGAAAAAGCAGAGCGAGGCCAUCAUUACCCGAAUUAUCUAUACUAACUUGUAUAACAAGGUUUCUCACGAUUGGAAUAGUGAUGAGUUCGCUAAUGGAACCUGGUGCUUCAUGCCCCCCGAAGCUACCACUAAAUACCUUACCGUCCUUCAGAGACCCCAUGGUAAUGUCUAUUUUGCCAGUGCAGACUGGUCAGACGGCUGGUGCGGAUGGAUCGAUGGGGCGGUUCAGAGCGGUAUGGAAAUGGCGAGGGACGUUAUUCAGCAUCAGAAGAAGGCUUCGGAGCUUGAGAAGGCAGCUUUGUUGAAGCCCAUUAUUCCUAAUGGUAUUUGA